CCCGCUGGAGGGAGAUCCGUCGCGCAGGGGUCACUUCGAGGGCCACAUUUGGGGCCAGCGCACGGCGGUCACUUUGUGGUGGCCAGCGAGCGGCCACUUUUGGGGUCAGUUUGCGGCCGGUAUACAGGAGCAGAAGGAGGAGAGCCGACCCUUCCAGCGCCGCUCUCCGGGCGAUGCCAGUGUAAAUGCCAGGGCGAUGUCCCGACGCAAGCAGGGGAACCCACAGCACCUGUCCCAGAGAGAAAUAACACCAGAGGUUGAGCAUCCAGAUGGCGGCCUGCUCUCUGACUCCCUACCCCCCCAUCCGCUCAGCUUACCCCCCCACCCGCUCAUCCUACCUCCCCACCCUCUGGACCCGAGCCUGGCCCACGCCCUUCCGCCCGGUCUCCACGCCGACCACGACCUGCUGACAUGCGGCCAGUGCCAGAUGACCUUCCCGCUGGGCGACAUCCUCCUCUUCAUCGAGCACAAGAAGAAACAGUGCCAGACGCCGCUGCUGGCCAAUGGCUGCUACGAUAAGAUCAACGACAGGGGAGGAGGAGGAGGAGGAAGUCCGACUCUGCAGAGCCUUCAUCACCACGCCCAGCGGUUGGAGCUGAGGAAGGUGUUGGAGCCGGUGGAGAUCGGCAUCCAGGUGACACCGGAGGAGGAGGAGGAGGUGGAGGGAGUGAGGGGAGGAGGCGAAAGGGGAGCGAGGACGCCCAUCAAAGGAAUUUGCCCCAAGCAGGAGAACACACCGGCAGGAGCUGCUAGGUUCUUUCCUGUUACCGCCUGCAGCUACUUGCGCCAAGGUGGCAGAGAUGAGCCUUCCAGCUAUAUAUGUACCACAUGUAAGCAGCCCUUCCCCAGCGCCUGGUUCCUGCUGCAGCAUGCCCAGAACACCCACGGCAUUCGCAUCUACCUGGAGUCCAACCCCUCCAGCACAGCCCUCACCCCACGCAUCACUAUGCCUCCACCCAUGGGUAACGACUCCAUCCCGCAGUCCCCCCUCACCAACUUUCUCGGGGACAACAACCCCUUCCACCUCCUGAGGAUGACGGGUCCCCUGCUUCGGGAGCCUCCUCCGAGCUUUGUGGAGAGCCGCCUCCCUAACACGCCUCCAUUUGUCAGCCCGCCUCCCCGCCACCACCUGGAUCCCCAUCGGCUGGAACGCCUUAGCGCAGAGGAAAUGGGCCUCAUCUCCCAGCACCCCAGUGCCUUUGAGCGGGUGAUGCGCCUAACGCCUAUGGCCAUGGAGUCCCAGUCCAUGGACUUCUCCAGGCGGUUACGUGAGUUGGCAGGGAACAACAACAGCACCACACCACCGCUGUCACCCAGCAGGGCCAACCCUAUGCACCGACUACUAAACCCUAACCCAUUCCAGCCUGGGCCUAAAUCGCCCUUUCUGAGCACCCCUCCCCUACCUCCGAUGCCCCCGAACAGCACCACCCCUCCCCAGACACAAAACAAGGUGAAGUCCUGUGAGUUCUGUGGGAAGACCUUCAAGUUCCAGAGCAACUUGGUGGUGCAUCGACGCAGCCAUACUGGAGAAAAACCAUACAAGUGCCAGCUGUGUGACCAUGCCUGCUCCCAGGCUAGCAAGCUGAAGCGCCAUAUGAAAACUCACAUGCACAAGGCUGGGUCGCUGACGGGGCGGUCGGAUGAUGGAUUGUCCACCACGAGCUCACCGGAGCCGGGUACUAGUGACGUCACAGGGGAGGGGAUGAAAAAUCGCGAUGGAGACUUCCAGGGGGAAGGUAAUGAGGAGGAGGAAGAGGAGGAAGAAGAGGAAGAACUCGAGAAUGAGAGUCGACCAGAAUCCAACUUCAGCAUUGAGUCUGAGUUCUACCGAAACAGGGAGAAUGGUUCUAAACCGCCCUCAGAGGAGAAGUCAUCACUCGCCCUUGAGAAGAUGGUGGAAGGUGGAGGGAUCAACUCUAUACAGCAGUACAAUAAUUUAAUAGUUGACAAUCGUAAAAGGAUGCCCUUCUCCAAGAGGGGCAUGGAUGUCCAGCGGGACACUGGGGAUGAGGACUCAGUGGUUGGGGAGAUGGAACACCACCACCAGCAGGAAGAGAGGACAACCAUUAAUGGCCGGAACUGUGGCUCCAGUGACUCUUUCUCAGGCCUGUUCCCCCGUAAGCCCACCCCCAUCACCAGCCCCAGCUUGUCCAACUCCUCAAAUAAAAGGAUCAAGAUUGAGAAGGACUUGGACAUUCCCCCAGCACCCCACAUUCCUUCUGAGAACGUCUACUCCCAGUGGUUGGUGGGCUAUGCUGCCUCACGCCACUUCAUCAAAGACCCUUUCCUAGGCUUCACUGACUCCAGACAAUCGCCCUUCGCCACCUCCUCUGAGCACUCAUCCGAGAAUGGCAGCCUGCGGUUCUCAACGCCUCCAGGGGAUCUGCUGGAUGGUGGCCUAUCAGGCCGCAGUGGCACUGCCAGCGGGGGCAGCACACCUCAUCUGGGCGGAGGAGGCGGCCCAGGCCGACCGAGCUCGAAGGACAGCAGGAGGUGUGACACCUGCGAGUACUGUGGCAAGGUGUUCAAGAACUGUAGCAACCUGACGGUGCAUCGGCGUAGUCACACUGGCGAGAGGCCCUACAAGUGUGAGCUGUGCAACUAUGCCUGCGCCCAGAGCUCCAAGCUCACGCGCCACAUGAAGACACAUGGCCAGCUUGGUAAGGAGGUCUACCGCUGUGACAUUUGCCAAAUGCCCUUCAGCGUGUACAGCACUCUGGAGAAACAUAUGAAAAAGUGGCAUGGAGAACAUUUGAUGACCAAUGAGGUCAAAAUUGAACAAGCAGAGAGAACCUAAACCAGGUUUCCCAUUUCCAUACUCUGCGCCACACUUGACUUAAAAAAUAAACAAAAUGGGGUAGCUGGAUACUCUUUUUCUGAAAUCUUAAUUUUGGGUUAAUUUUGUGUUUUUGCCUAAGAAACUGCCAACUGAGAAAAAAGUGAAAAACAGAUCUUAACACCAAUUGAAGCUGUCUAAACUGCCUCAUUUGGCGUUCCUUUUUAAACAAUCAGUCAGUUGAGUUAUGACAUAUGUGGAGCCUUUAACUGUGCAAUAAUUUCUGUAUUUAUUGGAUUUUG